AUGAUUUUAAUUUGUCUUCUCUUCUUAACUUUCGUGAGUUAUGCCGAAUGUGACAUCCCGGUUCACUGUUUGAGUAGACAUGUGGAGGGGAAGUGGGAAAUCAGUUUGGGCCUCCUCAAGGGAGAAAGCAAUGGAGUUUCGAAUGGGGCACAGGACUACGAUUAUGAGUGUGGCUACCGCCGUCCGGAUGAUUCCGUUUACCAUGAGGAACUGGACCCUGAUCACCUGAAGAAACGUUUCGAGGAGAGAGAGAAAAAAAUUAUUCUAUUUAACACAGACAGGACCAUAAACAUAAUCGAAAAUGGACAUAUAAAUCCUGAGUACAGUGGGUUCUGGAGGAUCGUGUACGACGAGGGUUUGUACAUGGAGGUGUAUAAGCAGAAUGAAGAGAAAGAAAUUUAUUUUUCCUUUUUCAAAUUUGCAAAAAGGAACGACGCAUCUUAUAGUUACUGCAACAGGUUGAUCAUGGGGGUAGUGAAUGUGUAUCAUCUUAAUGGAGGUGAAGGAAGUUCUUCUUCGGGGAGUUCCCAAAUAGACAAUUCGCCAGAUCAUAAUGUAGGAGAAGAGAAGGAUCCGCAAUUGGGGCACGUUUUCCUCGUCAACAAGGACCAUAAAGGGAAGACUGGAUUAACCCCCAACAGGUUUAACUUUUUUAAAGAAGGUUUCCAUUUUUUCGGCUCAAAAGAAGGUACAAAAAAAAAUUCAAACCAUUCAAUAGACUAUUAUAAUGAUAAUUAUAAUCAGCUUGACUUGAUCACCAUGAACAGGUUCUGCUGGUAUGGGAAGAAGGUAGGUACGCCUGAUGAGCCUACGAACAAGAUACCCGUGGAUAUCAUUUCUCCCCUUGUGCUGGACGCAGAAACGCACAACAAGCAUUACGCCAAUUUGAUGUUGCAGUGGGGCGGUGACAAUGCAGGGGGAGGGAGACAGCCAGCGGAUCACGAAGAGGUAGAUACCAAUCAAACAGUUACCCAAUCUAAGGUCACCCGCCCAAAGCAUACAAACAAAUCACACAAAGGGGUGAAGCAGAAUAGCAUAUUUAACACCUAUCGUGAGCAGGAAGUCACCUUAGCACAGUUUGAUUGGACGAACGAAGCUGAUGUGAGGAAGAGACUUAAUGGGAACUGGGUGAAAGUUAUUGACGACGCGAUAGACCAGAAGGAAUGCGGGUCUUGUUACGCAAACUCAGCUGCUUUAAUUAUUAACAGCAGAGUGAGAAUUAAAUACAACUAUAUAAAAAAUAUCGACCGCUUAUCCUUUAGUAACAAACAGCUAGUCCUUUGUGACUUUUUCAAUCAAGGAUGUAAUGGCGGCUACAUUUAUUUGUCCCUAAAGUAUGCGUAUGAGAAUUUUCUGUUUACAAAUAAGUGUUUUGUCAGGUACUCCCAUUUGUAUUUAAAUAAGGACAAGAAGAAUAGCGCGCUGUGUGAUCGAUUUGAUAUGUUUAGGACUUUUCUGCAGAAAGGAAGGGAGUGGAAUUAUUCAAGUGGGCAGGUAGGCCCACCGCACACACAGAGCAAAGGAGUGCGGCAGCACGACCCUUUCAGGGGGACUCAGCAAAUGGUCCUAGGUGAAGAAGUGGAUAAAUCCUCUGCCCAAGGUGAACAGGGUUUAGGGGAAACUUUUCACAACGGGGAAAAUACACACAGUGGGGACCAUACGGCCCAUGUGGGCCAUGGAGGGGACCUCCCCACGGACGUGGAGCUACACGAGGGCUACCUCCCAGUCGAUGCCUCCGCGAGGGAUGCCAGGGAGGUGGACGUCCUCACACUACACGAGUGCGACGCGAAUGUCAAAGUGACAAAGUUUGAGUAUUUGGAUAUAGAGGACGAAGAGGAUUUAAAAAAGUACCUAUAUUAUAAUGGUCCCGUAGCAGCAGCAAUUGAGCCUUCCAAGAAUUUUUCCGCAUAUACGGAAGGCAUACUAACGGGGAAGUUCAUAAAAAUGUCCGAUGGCGGGGAGUCCAAUGCGUAUGUAUGGAACAAGGUCGACCAUGCUGUAGUGAUAGUUGGGUGGGGAGAAGACACGGUUGAAAAUUUGAAAAAAAAAAAAAAAAAAAUUCACCAUUAUUCAGAUCAUCUGGACGAUUAUGCUAGUGAAAAGGAGGGCGAGGACGCAGGAAAGGUCGUCAAGUAUUGGAAAAUUUUGAACAGCUGGGGAACCCACUGGGGGUACGACGGCUACUUUUACAUUCUUCGCGAUGAGAAUUACUUCAGCAUAAAGUCGUACUUGCUUGCGUGCGACGUGAGUUUGUUCAUCAAGCGCAGCGAUGAAAGAGUGACGCGAGGGUGA